AUGUCUGACUCUAAGUUGACUGGAGAGAGACAUGUUGACUCUAAGACUCAGCUGUACCCUUAUCCAUCAACCGAUAUAUCUAUCGGGUUAACAGAUCUACAAGAAGCAGAUAUCACUUAUGCUAGUGUCCUCCCUUCCUUGAUGAGUCCCAACUCUCUUGAUUGGGGUAUGUUUCACAUGAAUCAACAUCAAAAAAACAUGAACCUGGGAGGCAUUAUGGAUUGUGUAGAUGACGACCUUGAUGAAAGUGAUAUGAUUCCCUCAGAGAAAUAUGAUGAAGAUGAAGCAAAUCUUGAAGAGCUUAUCAAUUAUGUUAAGAACUGCAACAUUGAAGAAGAAAUAAUAGAGCCGGAAAGGAGGAGAGAGAAUGAUAUCUAUAUGAUUCAGCGAAAAGAUGCCUUGAGAAUGGAAAAAUUAUCGUCCUUGCAUGCGAAAGCAUCCCGUGAUGCUUACCAAAAAGGAGAUUAUUUUACUGCCCAAGGGUUUUCACUGAAGGCUCAGGCAGGACGAAUGGUGGCUGAAAUACUUCAUGCCAAAGCAGCUAAAGAAAUCUUUAAUAUCAAAAACCGUAACAAUGAUAUAUGGAAGUUGGAUUUGCAUGGUCUUCAUGCAAAGGAGGCAGUGCAAGCCCUAGGGGAACAUUUAUAUAUGAUUGAAUCUCAAGAAUUUGUAUCACUUAGGCAAAAAAGAAGAUUUUUAUUAGUGAUAACCGGAAGAGGCAAUCAUAGUCGGGGACAACCUGUCCUUCCAAGCGCUAUCAGAAAUUUUCUCAAUGAGAAUCAAUAUUAUUAUGACGAUUCAAGGCCUGGGGUGAUCAAAGUACAACCCAAAUUCAGUCCGGGGAUCGCAGCCGAUGAAUGCUUGACCGCCAGCCAUUUGCAAGAGCAGAAAUAUUUUCCUCCGUUGCAGUUGCAUGCAUAUGUAAUGUUGUAG